GAAGAGAAAAGAAAACCACGGCCUCGUGGCCUCACCUCCACUUCUUCCCUGCUUCCCAUGCGCCGCGUGACCUGAGCCGCCCUCGCCGCCUCCACUCCUCGCGCUCGCGACCCUGCCUUGCCGCCGCCGAAUCCUUCGCCGACGCGCGGCUCCGAGCCACCCCGUUGGGAUUGUCCGUCUGCCCCGACCGCCCAAUCCUCCCACCUCUGCCUGAUUGGCCGCUUCUUACUCGGGAUCUCGCGGGGCCGGCCGGCGCAAGGUUAGGGCUUCGGGCCCAUGGCGUGGCGGCGCGUCCUCACCCAGAUUGCAAGGCACCGACCGACAAAUGCAAUCUACAAUGAACUAAUAGCUUCCUCCCCUAUGGGCACUCUUAGAAGUGACAUCACUGCAGGUGCCAGAAUUAGAAACUUACAAGAGAGGUAUCAGUCAAGCUAUAUUGGUAGCCUUGCGCGCCGGGUGCGAGACCUAGACUCACCAAGCGGAACUUCUCUGCUCAAAGAGAUUUACAGAAGUGACCCAGAACGUGUUAUACAAAUAUUUGAAAACACUCCUUCAUUGCGUUCCAAUCCUUCAGCACUUUCUGAGUAUGUAAAAGCUCUUGUAAGGGUUGAUAGGCUGGAUGAUAGCACCUUGCUUAAAACAUUGCAGAGAGGUGCUGCUGCUUCUGCAAGGGGGGAAGAAAGCUUUGUUAGCGUUCCAGCAUUAAAUAGUGCUGGUCAAGUGACAAAAGAUGGAACUCUUGGCACUGCAAAUGCACCUAUUCACAUGGUUACAGCGGAAACAGGUCAAUUUAAGGAUCAGCUGUGGCGUACUUUCCGAAGCAUUGCACUAACUUUCCUUCUAAUUUCCGGCAUCGGGGCUCUCAUCGAGGAUAGAGGAAUCAGCAAAGGCCUUGGUCUGAAUGAAGAGGUUCAACCAAGCAUGGAGUCUAGUACGAAAUUCAGUGAUGUAAAGGGGGUUGAUGAAGCCAAAUCUGAACUUGAGGAAAUAGUUCACUAUCUCCGAGACCCCAAGCGCUUCACACGUCUUGGUGGAAAACUUCCAAAAGGUGUCUUGCUUGUUGGCCCUCCUGGCACUGGGAAAACCAUGCUAGCGAGGGCUAUUGCUGGUGAAGCUAGUGUUCCUUUCUUCUCAUGCAGUGGUAGUGAGUUUGAAGAGAUGUUUGUGGGAGUAGGAGCUCGAAGAGUGCGAGACCUUUUUGCUGCAGCCAAAAAACGAUCUCCUUGCAUAAUAUUCAUUGAUGAAAUUGAUGCAAUUGGUGGCAGCAGGAAUCCAAAGGAUCAACAGUACAUGAAGAUGACCUUGAACCAGUUGCUUGUUGAGUUAGAUGGCUUUAAGCAGAACGAGGGUAUAAUUGUCAUCGCUGCAACCAAUUUCCCUGAGUCGUUAGAUAAAGCCCUAGUCAGACCUGGGCGCUUUGACCGUCAUAUUGUUGUUCCCAACCCAGAUGUUCAGGGCCGGCGGCAAAUUCUAGAGUCCCAUAUGUCAAAGGUCUUGAAGGGUGAUGAUGUGGACUUGAUGAUCAUUGCCAGGGGAACGCCGGGAUUCUCAGGUGCAGACCUUGCUAACUUGGUAAAUGUCGCUGCUCUUAAGGCUGCCAUGGAUGGUGCGAAAGCUGUCACAAUGAAUGAUCUUGAGUAUGCGAAGGACCGAAUCAUGAUGGGUAGUGAGCGGAAGUCAGCAGUUAUCUCUGAUGAAUGCAAGAAAUUGACGGCAUACCAUGAGGGAGGGCAUGCCCUUGUUGCCAUCCACACAGAAGGUGCCCACCCUGUCCACAAAGCUACCAUCGUGCCCAGGGGGAUGGCCCUUGGAAUGGUGGCCCAACUCCCUGAAAAAGAUGAGACUAGUGUGUCAAGGAAACAGAUGUUGGCAAAUUUGGAUAUCUGCAUGGGAGGACGUGUGGCAGAGGAGCUUAUAUUUGGGGAUAGUGAGGUGACAUCUGGUGCUUCAUCCGACUUCCAGCAGGCAACUGUGAUGGCAAGAGCAAUGGUUACUAAAUAUGGUAUGAGCAAGCAGGUCGGCCUUGUUUCAUACAAUUACGAGGAUGAUGGAAAGAGCAUGAGCUCGGAAACAAGACUUCUGAUUGAGCAGGAGGUGAAGAAUUUCUUGGAGAAAGCAUACAAUAACGCAAAGACUAUUCUCACAAAACACAAUAAGGAGCUCCAUGCUCUAGCCAAUGCACUUCUUGAGCAUGAGACCCUCACCGGAGCUCAGAUAAAGAAUAUAUUGGCCCAGGUAAAUAACAAACAGCAGCAGGAGCAUGCUAUUGACGCACCACAGAAGACCCCAGCAACAUCAGCUUCCCCUGCGUCACCAGCUGCAUCAGCGGCAGUGGCAGCAGCUGCAGCCGCUGUGGCAGCGCAGCAAGCUGCAACCAAAGCCAAGGGGGUAGCUGGUAUCGGGUCUUAGCAUAUGGAGCAUCAACCGGUUUGCACUGUGUAUAUUCACCAAACUAGCAGGUUGUUCCAGCAAUUGACGGUUGGUGAGGUUCAGGAGGAGUAUGCUAUACAGCUGCAGAAUAGAACAUACUGAUUGUGUGUAAGCUACUGUUCGUGCCCCUCAAGUGAAAAACAAAAAACAUAAAAAAAUCGCACAUUGUAGAAGGCACAUUUAGCCGGUGCUUGAAUCAGUUUUGUACCCACAUCCCAAACGAUUUCUGUUGUUUACAUCCUAAUAAUUGUCGGCAUUCAAUCCGCCUUAUGUACUAACAGAGCAUAAAGUGGAUGACAUUCGGAAAUAUGGAUAAGGUGUCCUGUGCGCUUGAAUACAAUGUGGCAGCUGCUGAGUCUCUUUCUCUGCCCU